CAUUUCCAUUCCUCCCAUCUCCACGUCCUUUUCGCUUUAUCUCCACGCUGGCAUCUUACCUCAUUCUCACCCCAUAAUCCCACUCCCCUCACGGAUCCCUAUUCAGGACCCAAAUCUUGGAGGCCGUGAGUUUGAUUUCCAGCCCCGUUUCUGUGGUUCAGUCAAGGUGAAUGAACAUCGACCUGGGUUCUUAUUCUUUUCAUACUUGAUGUUCUCAAAUUUGUACGAUACCCUCCAAAUUCUCUACCAUUCUGAAAAGGAAAAGUGAAAAAAAAAAAAAAAAAAAAAAACAGCAACGUAGCGAUGACCAUUGACGGUUUUUUUCUUUUUCUACCUCGCUUCGAUUGAGGAUAAAGGUUCAGAGCACGAUUUGUGGGCAUAUCUCUGAUUUUUCGUUUUCCCCUCGUAGCCAAAGCUCUGUAAUCCACUCUAUACUAGGGGUUUUCCGACACCCAUUUCGUUUUAUUGGACAAUCAUGCAUCCUGAUGAUCAUCCGCAGCAGCGGUUGUUAGAGGAGGAAGAGGAAGAAACUGCUUAUGACUUAACGGAGAAGGUUGUGGUAAUUGGGAUCGAUGAAGUGGAGUCCGAUUCCGAUGUGGGUAUGCUUCCGUUUUCAUGGAGGAAGCUCUGGCUGUUCACUGGGCCGGGGUUUUUGAUGAGCAUAGCGUUUUUAGACCCUGGGAAUUUGGAGUCCAAUCUUCAGGCAGGUGCGAUUGGAGGGUAUUCUUUAUUGUGGCUUCUGUUUUGGGCUACGGCCAUGGGGCUUUUGAUUCAGUUGCUUUCUGCCAGGCUUGGCGUUGCCACUGGUAAGCACUUGGCCGAGCUGUGUAGAGAAGAGUACCCAACUUGGGCAAGAAUUGUGCUGUGGGUUAUGGCGGAAUUGGCCCUUAUUGGUGCGGAUAUACAGGAAGUUAUAGGGAGUGCUAUUGCUAUUAAGAUUCUGAGUAAUGGAGCUUUGCCUCUUUGGGCUGGAGUCAUCAUCACUGCUUUAGAUUGUUUUAUCUUCCUGUUUCUUGAGAAUUAUGGUGUGAGGAAAUUGGAGGCUGUUUUUGCUGUUCUUAUUGCUACUAUGGCUAUCGCAUUUGCUUGGAUGUUUGGUGAAACGAAACCAAAUGGGAAAGAGCUUCUAUUGGGUAUUUUGAUUCCCAAACUUAGCUCCAAGACAAUUAAACAAGCUGUUGCAGUUGUGGGCUGUGUCAUUAUGCCACACAAUGUGUUUCUGCACUCAGCUCUUGUGCAAUCUCGAGACGUUGAUUCGACGAAGAAGGGGCGGGUCCGAGAAGCUCUCAGAUACUACUCCAUUGAGUCCACUCUUGCACUUUUUGUUUCCUUCAUCAUCAACUUGUUUGUUACAACUGUGUUUGCUAAAGCUUUCUAUGGCACAGACAUGGCGAAUAGCAUCGGUCUCAUAAACGCAGGCGAAUAUCUUCAAGAUAAAUAUGGUGGAGGACUUCUCCCUAUUCUGUAUAUCUGGGCUAUUGGUUUGUUAGCUGCUGGCCAAAGUAGCACCAUUACUGGUACAUAUGCAGGACAGUUUAUAAUGGGAGGCUUCCUUAACUUGAAGUUGAAAAAAUGGCUUAGAGCUUUGAUAACUCGGAGCUUUGCGAUUGUGCCGACUAUAAUUGUUGCUCUCGUGUUCGAAACCUCCGACGGGAUGGUCGAUAUUCUUAACGAAUGGCUCAAUGUCCUCCAGUCAAUUCAGAUCCCCUUUGCUCUGAUUCCUCUUCUCUGUUUGGCUUCUAAGGAACAUCUAAUGGGCACUUUCAGAAUUGGCCCCGUUUUAAAGAUGUUCUCAUGGCUGGUGGCAGUGUUGGUGAUGGCCAUUAAUGGGUAUCUUUUGGUGAGUUUCAUCUCAUCAGAAGUGAAUGGACUGCUUAUAGCCAUUUUCGUGUUUGUCUUCAUUGCUGCAUAUGUUGCCUUUGUUGUUUACCUCGUCUAUCAAAGUAUUUCCUUUUCAAGUUGGAACAACAUUAACUGGAAGGCCUCCACGGUCGACGAAAACUGAGAGGUCAUCGUUGAUUCAAUCGUUGAAUCGUUGAAUCGAGUUUUAUAGACCACAGAUCGAUAAUUAUCAAAUAAUUGCCUUUUCCUCAAGCAUCUGUUAAAAUGCAGUCAGAGAACAAAGGAGUAACAUAUCAGUUAGUUUUAAGAUAUAUGAGUUAUGAUUUGACAUGUUUUUCCUUGAGAAAAUCUGUUAUGGAUACAGUGAAAUGAAAGGAUUGUGAGCCAGUGAAUCUGGUGAGUGAGUUGAGGUUAUGUUGUUAUGGUAGUCUUAGGUUAUAUAUAUUAUGGUAUUCCCGUGCUUGGUGUCACGGUCAUACUUGUCCAGAGGGAGUUGGCUGUGGCUGUAUGUUUAUGUCAUGCCAAAAAAUUUUUUUACUUGCUUUCAUGUUGUAUUACUUUAUUAUUAUGUUUUCUGUGUGUAUGAAUCGCCUCAAAAUGUAUUACGGGACUAAGUAGUCAGGGAACCUCUUCAAAUUGAGUA